AUGCAAGGACAGGAUGUCUCAGGUGAAUAUGUGAGCCAAUAUAUCUUUUUGAUUCUAUUCGACAUUCUAGAUGCACCAAACUCUGCCAGUCUCCUUGGCUGGAUAUCACGGAUUAGGCGCCACCCCUGCGUAGCAGAUAGCCAGGCUGUGCUUCCGAUGUUCAUCCAGGCUCAAGUCCCGCCACAUUUCCAGAACCUGGGCGAUGGGGUCUCGGAUACAUUCCAGGUCUCUUCUUCCAAGUGUGACUAUCUCAGUUUUACCAGUUCUAUGAAGAAAGCUCCUUUCCGGGCGAUGGCAGCCGGUCGUGGGAAGCAUGAAACCGGAAGAUUUCCCAUGAAGUCCACUGAAGCGAAGAAAGAGUCGCGUCUCGCCCUCGACGCUGAGCAGAGGGACUCGGACGCACAGAUGCAGAAAUUUCAGGACCAUUCAAUUGAUAGCUGUGUUUCUAGUGAACGAUACGAGCAGGUGGAGAAGACAAUUGACGACAUGAAGGCUUUCACGCUUCAGGUAGCGGAGAUGGAGCAGGAGAAGAAUGAUCUGGAUGAGAACUGGCCAUUCCAGGAUGAUGAAGAGAACCCUUUGAAAAGCAGGUCAAAUGGUGCCAUUGGGUAUCCAUGUUAUGACAGACUCAUACGUUUCUGCAUUCUUCUUGAAACUCUGGUUCAUGCAUUAUCAGCCGGAAUCCACAAAUAA